AUGAUUUUUUUUUAUACAGGGCUUUCUUUUCGCGGGAAAACUGUCUCUGAUCGCGUGCGAGACGUUACUUCCCGCCAAAAUGAGACGUUUCUUCCCGCCAAAAUGAGACGUUGCUUCCCGCUACUACGUGGGCUUGUUAUCAGCAAGAUACGAACCAUUCCAAUUAAAGAGGGAUUCGACCUAAUCGGACCAAUCUCUGGCUUUUGCUACAAUUACAAUGUAGUAUCCAAGUAA